AAGAGUAUUGAGUGCUGAAAGCCUUCCUCGUAGUGGUAUAUUGCUUUUUAAUCUCUUCAGAAAACCAAAUGCUUUUCUGAAGGAAAGCCUUUGAUCCUGAGUAAUGUGGUCUGUUUGGAGCAAGGGAGGCUGGACUAGACUCUGUCUAGAGGGGUUCCUUUCAACCUCAAUUUUGUGAUUCUGUUCCAGAGGCUAUCAUUUGAAAACUGCUUUUGAGAUCUGACUUCAUUUGAGAGUCAAAAUGCCUUCAAUUAAACUGCAGAGUUCAGAUGGAGAAAUCUUUGAAGUUGAUGUUGAAAUUGCAAAACAGUCUGUAACUAUAAAGACUAUGCUGGAAGACUUGGGAAUGGAUGAUGAAGGUGACGAUGACCCAGUCCCUCUUCCAAAUGUCAAUGCGGCUAUCUUAAAAAAGGUGAUUCAGUGGUGCACCCAUCACAAGGAUGAUCCACCUCCUCCUGAGGAUGAUGAGAACAAAGAAAAAAGAACAGAUGACAUCCCUGUGUGGGAUCAAGAGUUUCUGAAAGUAGACCAAGGAACACUUUUUGAACUUAUCCUGGCUGCAAAUUACUUGGACAUCAAAGGUUUGCUUGAUGUCACAUGCAAGACAGUUGCAAACAUGAUCAAGGGGAAAACUCCGGAAGAAAUUCGCAAGACUUUCAAUAUUAAGAAUGACUUCACUGAAGAGGAAGAAGCACAGGUACGUAAAGAGAACCAGUGGUGUGAAGAGAAGUGAAGUAUUGUGCCUGACACUCGAACACUGUAAGGAUUGUUCCAAAUACUAGUUGCACUGCUCUGUUCAUAAUUGUUAAUAUUAGACAAAUGCAGCAGCAAAUGAAGUUGUGUUAGCAGGAUAUUGUUCCCCUUGCAUGUGUAGUGGUUUUUUUGAGUACAAAUUUAAAUCUUCUGAGUUUUUACUAGUGUAAUUGGAUGUCUUUUUACUUUACUCUGCAAUGAAUAAAACUGAACUAAGUGUGGAUUCUGUAUGGAAAGUAGCACUUAAGGUUAUCAUUUUCAUUACACUUUUCAACUGUUCGAGUCCAGUUACAAUACUGAGGAUUGACUCCGUUGUAAAUAAAACCACCUAUGACUUCUUCCUCAAGAAGAACAAAACACUUGUAUUUACAGGGUAUUGAUAGCUUCAGAAAGAAAAACAAACUAGAAUGUGUCUUGGGGAACUAGGUAAAGUAAAAAAGUUACUGGAUUUCUUCCAAAAACAUUGUGGGGAAAAUUAGUGUUACUUAAAGCUAUAUAACUUUCAAGAUGGUUCUUGUCCUGCAUUUAAAAAAAAAAAAGGAAAAAAAAUUGACCACUUCCUUGUCCUGUUAGUCUUGCCUUAUAGACUAGUGAAAGAUGUGAUCUAGAACUAAGCAAGCUCCUGACAGUUAAAUAUGAAUACUUCAACCAUGUCUUGAAGACCUGCCUCUAGCUGGUAGCAAAUGAAAAGUGUGUUGCUUUAUGCACAGGAUGGGUGUGUUUUUAUAUGUGUUACUGUUCAAAGUGGAAUCCAGAUUUGACCAAAAAUGACUGACAUUACCAAAGUUAAUAUUAUUGACCUGUGCAUGCCAUUAGUGGCUGGGUUUUAGGCAAUUUUAAACAACCCUUGUGAUGUAGCUCUUUAAAACAUGGUUUAAUGUGUCCACAGGAAAUCUUACGCCUCUGUAUGUGAUACUUCAGCUUGUAGAGACUUAAUUAUUGCAUACAAAGCUAAUGCAAUAUCAAGCUUAACUUCUUUGGACAAAGCCACUUGCAACUAGUUAAACAGUAACUGGUUUUCUGAUUUUUAUUUUUUUUUACAGUUCCCUUAUAGGGAGUAGGGAUGGUUGUGUGGUAGAUCUUUGAGGUGUGCUCUUAGCUUGUAUUGCAUUCCAUUCUCUGUAUAAACCUUAGAGUAGAAUGACCCUUAAUAAACAUACUUAUCUCACUUUAAAUAUCAGUGUUUCACUUCUGAAUUAAUAAAGGGCUUUUAAACUUU